AUGAAGCUUGCCAUCGUCGGCGCCGGUCCGUCUGCCUUCUACGCCGCCUCGCGCAUCCUCUCCGGACUACCGGACGCUCAACGACUACGCGUACACCUAUUUGAUAGGUUGUGGGCACCCCAUGGCCUUGUGCGCUACGGUGUCGCACCCGACCAUCCUGAAGUGAAGAAUUGCACUCAUAAGUUUGAUGGUGCAGCUCAAGAUCCUCGGCUUAGAUUUUUCGGGAAUGUCAAUGUCGGAGGUACCAGCACGAUCCCACAUAACGUGAACGUCCCACUGGCGUCCUUAUGUGCCAAUUACAGUCAUUUGCUGUUUGCAACAGGGUGUACCGUUCCUUCGAUGCACAGUGCGCUUCCGACGUCGGAAUAUUGCAGGCCCGCAUUGUCUCUCGUUCACUGGUACACACAACAUCCAUCCCAUCAACCGCCCCCGCCGCUUGACAAAAUUACCCACGUAUCCCUUAUCGGGAACGGAAAUGUAUCUCUUGAUGUUGCGCGCAUGCUGCUUACUCCCGUCUCGAUACUGAAACAAUAUGACGUCCCCGAAACCGUGCUCGAGGUUCUUUCUCGUUCCACGGUACGGCAUGUCUCCAUAAUAGCCCGCAGAGGACCUCUCGAAGCGGCGUUCACAACUAAAGAACUACGAGAACUUAUCAAUCUCCCCAAUGCCUCCAUGACGCCCAUAGACAAGUCCAUCCUAGACACUUCCGAUGUGAAGCUCACUCGGCAGCAAUCUCGCAUAUUCCAGCUCCUUGAAAAGGGGUCUAAACAACCCUUUGGAUCCACGGAAAAAACAUGGUCGCUCGACUUCUUCCGUUCGCCGACAGGCCUCAUGCCGACUUCGAAUCCUUCCUUUGCUCAACUCUCCCUCGCUCACACCGUCGUGGACCCAAUUACGAAGAAGGCGGAACUUACGGGAGAGACAUCCCUCGUGGAGACGUCUCUCGUCGUUCCUUCACUCGGUUUUCAAGGUGAACCGAACAUGCCUUUCUACGACCCUGCUCUGCGGCACUUGCGCACUGUCGCUGGGCGGCUUGUCUCAUCAAACGGCAACGUAGUUAGAAACGCGUAUGCAUCAGGUUGGUCAUCUACGGGAGCUAAGGGCGUGCUCGCUUCAACCAUGAUUGACGCUUACGCCGUUGCGGAUACGAUUCUAUUGGACUCGUCGUCUCCGGAAGCCGAUAUUCAGAAUGCUAGUAAAGACGAGUUGUCGUUGAACCAAUCUCCUGAUCUAGAGGGCAUCCCAAGUGAAGUGGAAGAAGGCCUACGCGAGAACAGUAUUGUGGGGUACGAUGAUUGGCGUAGAAUAGACCAAGAAGAAAUUGCCAGAGGGGAGGCCCUGGGAAAGGAGAGAGAGAGGAUGGGGUGGGAAGAGGCUCGUAGAUACAUUUACCCCAGCUAG